AUGGGUAACGUGUGCAAAUGUUUCAAGCGAAAGCAAAGUGAUCAGAAGAAGCACAAAAAUGUUCAUCAUUCGUUCAGGGUAAGGAGUUUUGUGUUUGUUUUUGGUUUUUAGGUAUGAUAUAGAUGUGUCACGGAUUUCGAAUAGUUAUGGGUUCUGCUUUUGUCCACACAAUGGGCAGUUCAUUAUUUUUCUAAAAUUCAGGCAGCAUCUGACAAGGUGGAGAUAAAAUAACUUUUUUGCCGAAAACAGUAAAAUAUAUUAACAUCUGUUAAUGUAAAAAGUUAAAGCAGUUUCUUGUCUAACUAAAAAAGGUUGUUUUAAGUAAACAAAUUAUUAAUUAUUUAUUUUAGGGACAAAACCACACGACAGUACCUGGUCGGGAGGUGUCGGUAAACUUUUUACCGCAUAUUAUUGACCGAGAACUGCCGGAUGAUGAAGAAUCCGACCCAUCUACACAUCCCACAGCCCCUCCGACAUUUAUCGAAAGAAGUCAAAGUGGUAUUAACAGUAAGUUUUGGCAGCUACAUUAGUUUUAUUCAGUUUUACCUAGUGUAAUAUAGAUUUUUGAAGUUUUGGCUGCUAUUUUUGAGAUGUAGCCUUAAAGCUGGUAAAGAUAUGGAAGCCAAACAUAUUGUUUUAUGUUAACACGUAUCUUGACCAUCGUUUACAUCCAAAAACCCCAUCAAUUACCACCUAAAACCCUCAAAUUUUCAGUAAAAACAAACAGGUAUUCAAGCUAUUUUCUGGACCAAAUAAACGAACACAAAACGGGUUUAAAACGAUGGAAUUCAUGUUCCACCAUUUAUCUGGACGAUUCUACGAUAUCUCAGCCGCAUCUCAAGAAUACGGUGUUGUGUAUGUCAUUCGCUGUAUAUUAUCAUAUUCUGAAUCGAAGUAACCGAGGUCAUGAAAGGUUGAUGGAGAUUUUUGAGGAGAGGUUACAUCCCAUUGCUGUGGUAAGAUUUUGAAUUUUUUUUUUUUUUUGGUUUUUAGAUAACAUUUUGAAAAUUUUUGAGAUUUUGGAAAGUUUUUGGGUUUUUGAGUAAUAUUGGGGUUAAAAUAUGUUACUUUAGUUUUAGGCAAUAUUAUACUCAAAUCUUAACCGUUUUUAAUUCCAGAGGGACUCAAUCCUUCAAGAAAACCCUAACGAAGACCCAACUCAAAAGUCCAUCUACAAGUUUGUCCGUCUCCUCUUCCAAGCGGCCCAACUAACGGCCGAAUGCGCCAUCAUAACCCUGGUCUACAUCGAACGUCUUCUGAACUACGCCGAAAUCGAUCUAUGUCCCUCUAACUGGCGUCGCAUCGUUCUUGGCGCCAUUAUGUUGGCUUCGAAAGUUUGGGACGAUCAAGCCGUGUGGAACGUUGACUUUUGUCAAAUCUUACAGAACGCCAACAUCGAUGACAUGAACGAGUUGGAACGGCAGUUUUUGGAGUGUUUAGAAUUCAAUAUCAAUGUACCCAGCUCGGUUUACGCCAAAUAUUACUACGAUUUGAGGAGUUUGGCCAUUGCCAAUGAUAUACCACUACCCACGAAGCCGUUGAGCAAAGAAAGGGCUUCUAAGUUGGAGGUAAGGUGUUCUUUUAGUUUGAUAAGGGGAUAAAUUUGAAAUUUUAGGUAAUAACUCUUAUUAGUAGUAAAGAAAUGAUUAUACCUCGUAUUUUACCUCCAAAUUUUCAGGCCACCUCCCAGGCUUACGAAGAGAAGAAACUCAACGAAAAAUCGACCAAAUUAAAACGCAGUUUCUCGAUGGAACGGCACGUUGGCAAGUCGAACGUGAUCAUUUCCUAA